UACUUCCAAGAGAUCAUGGCCCACGUCGGGGACUGCAAAUGGAUGUCCUGGCUCCCAGUGCUGGUGGUGUCUCUGAUGUGCUCAGCCAAGGCAGAGGACUCCAACUGUGGUGAGAACGAAUACCACAACCAGACUACCGGGCUGUGCCAGCAGUGUCCUCCAUGCAGACCAGGGGAGGAGCCCUACAUGUCCUGUGGAUACGGCACUAAAGACGAUGACUAUGGCUGUGUGCCCUGCCCUGCAGAGAAAUUCUCCAAAGGAGGUUAUCAGAUAUGCAGGCGCCACAAAGACUGCGAGGGCUUCUUCCGGGCCACCGUGCUGACACCAGGAGACACGGAAAAUGACGCUGAGUGUGGCCCGUGUCUCCCUGGCUACUACAUGCUGGAAAACAGACCCAGGAACAUCUAUGGCAUGGUCUGCUACUCCUGUCUCUUGGCACCUCCCAACACCAAGGAAUGUGUGGGAGCCACUUCUGGGGUUUCAGCUCACUCAUCCAGCACUUCCGGUGGCAGCACCUUGUCUCCCUUGCAGCAUGCUCACAAAGAGCUCUCAGGCCAAGGACACCUGGCCACCGCCCUGAUUAUUGCCAUGUCUACGAUCUUCAUCAUGGCCAUUGCCAUUGUCCUCAUCAUCAUGUUCUACAUCAUGAAGACUAAGCCGUCAGCUCCAGCCUGCUGUAGCAGUCCCCCAGGAAAGAGUGCAGAAGCCCCAGCUAACACACACGAGGAGAAAAAAGAGGCCCCAGACAGUGUGGUGACUUUCCCUGAGAAUGGUGAAUUCCAGAAGCUGACAGCAACACCCACAAAGACCCCCAAAAGUGAGAACGAUGCCUCCUCUGAGAACGAGCAGUUGCUAAGUCGCAGUGUGGACAGUGAUGAAGAGCCAGCCCCGGACAAGCAGGGGUCCCCAGAGCUAUGUCUGCUGUCGCUAGUUCACCUGGCCAGGGAGAAGUCUGUAACCAGUAACAAGUCUGCUGGGAUCCAGAGCCGGAGGAAAAAAAUACUGGAUGUGUAUGCCAACGUGUGUGGUGUUGUUGAAGGUCUCAGCCCCACCGAGUUGCCGUUUGACUGCCUUGAGAAGACAAGCCGAAUGCUCAGCUCUACAUACAACUCUGAGAAGGCAGUCGUGAAAACAUGGCGCCACCUUGCCGAGAGCUUUGGACUGAAGAGGGAUGAGAUUGGGGGCAUGACUGACGGCAUGCAGCUCUUUGACCGCAUCAGCACCGCGGGCUACAGCAUCCCAGAGCUGCUCACAAAGUUGGUGCAGAUCGAGCGGCUGGAUGCUGUGGAGUCCUUGUGUGCAGACAUAUUGGAGUGGGCUGGGGUUGUACCACCUGCCUCCCCACCCCCAGCUGCGUCCUGAAGAGUUUAUCUUGGACUGUCUUCCCUGGGACCAGCUGGGGAUCCAAUGAAGUCACAACCGACAGCUGUGGGUGAUGCUAUCAGACUGCCAAAACUCAAGGCGUUUCCUGGUGGGUCACUGUAUUCCUUAGGCUGCCCUAAGUAGUUCAUUGAGCAAUCAAAUGAACCAAACCAUGUGGAGAGGACACAGGUGAAGCAUCUGAUCCUGUCUUUUAAGGAGGCACUUAGUGAGAGAUGGGAGUAUGGUAUAGACCAUGUUCCCAAAACAUCACCUAGGCAAAUGAAGGGAUGCUUUUUUAAAAAGUAGCAAAAGGUAUAAGGGUGAUAGAGUCUCAAGGGGUUGAAAGUGGGAACAUCCUAAUGAAGAAAAUAACUUCAAGGUUUUAGUAAAACGGUUACAAAGUACAGACAUCCCACAUCCUUCAUGGCCUCAGACAGAGCAUGGUUUGUUGGCAUGCCCUAUGGUUUCAGAGGUAACUCCACCUGUGUUUGCAGUCACACACCAUGGUGCAAGCCUUGCAGUCACUAGUGGAAGAACUCACCAUGUGUCACUGACACACAAGGCGUGUGUCUGUCCAGUCACAAGUGUGGGCAGAUCUGGCCUCCAGCACCACUCACAGUCACAGCAGUUACAAUGUCAGGUUUGUUUUGCUUCAAAGGGACGUGUGUCCUAUCUAGAGAAGGAAAUGGUGACUUGCUCAGAGUUUGACCAUGCCUGAUUCCUGGGUGAGGCUCGAGCAAGUUCAGACACAACAUCCUGAGCCAGUGAGGGGUGGUGCAGCCCGAGACGCAGUACAGAGCUGGGGUCUGAGGUCCUGGGCCCUGGGGGAGUCAUCCAUAGUGUCUGUCUCCUCUUCCAGACUUAGCUUCUCUUAGCUAAGAGAGGUUGCUCUUCACAUCUGUAGUCAGGAAUGUUGAGGCUCCAGUGAGCGAAAGGGUGAGUGAAAGAACACGGAGGCAGAAGAGGAGAGGCCAGAGGAGCCUCCAUGGGGUAAAUAUAGUGUGGGUGGCCACAAAAAAUGAGAGUCAAGGGAAACGCAGCCGCCAUUCUCAUGUAAGGGCAACUGUAGGACUGAGCAUUUACAGGGCUCAUAAACAGCCAUUGCUCUUGGCAGAUUCUCUUACUGCACCUGUAACUGCCAGGAAAUGGGAGCCAAGGAAACUUCCCCGGCAGGGGGUUAAUGCCAAGCUGGCUGCUGGGCUCCCUCCCAGAGCGCUAACUGCAGAGAAUGCUUCCUUUCAGUAAAGCCUCUGGUUUAGAAGGCAGUUGGGGUUUUUUUGUUUUACAAGGCCUAUGACUGAACAAAGGCUUUGGAGAGCAAUCAGUGGUGUGUUUAAAACCAUCAAGCCAUUUCCCACCACUGAAUAUAGACCAUACUGUGAGAGGACCAUAAUUAGGUCCUGAAUUUUUAAUAUGAUCAUUUUCCUGUCUGUCUGUGCUGUUUUUUUUUUAAGAAGGCAUUUACUCUAUCCUGCAAGUUAAAUGUCUGCUUAAUUGUCCUUUUAAUUCCUGAGACCCUGCAGUGUCCCUUACCCCUGGUCUUCCAUAAUGACACUGCGAUUCCCCUUAAUUUGACUUGUAAAUGUCAUGCAUGAUGAGUGAGCAGGUCAGGACAGCAGGCUCUUCUCCAACUGUCAUUGUGCUGAAGAAUGGGCAGCUGCAGCCAGCAGUGUGGGCUGCUGUCCAUUCACACUACUAGGUUUCAAAGCCUGAGGCAGCCAGCAUUUUUGUUGUUUCCUUGACUCCCUGCUUGCUGCUUUAGGGGAGCCAGUCCCUUGUCAUUUACUUUACUUGGCAAUAAAUCCAGGAAGGGUUGGCUUCAGUGUGCUUUGCCAACCAACAAGACCACAGUGACUCUUGCUGACCAAUGCUGGAACUCCACACUGCCAUGUUUGUCUGGAGACUGUCAUUAUUUUUUCAGUACUUAAAGGUAUUUAGUAAACACCUGAGCUAGGUCUGAGGGCCUGAGCCAGUGAAGUCUUAAUUGUGAAUAUUUUAUAUAAUUCUGUUUAUGUAACUUAUUAUAUUUUUAUAAGCUCAAUAAACAUAUUGAUAAAAAGGA